AUCCUUAAUCUUGGAUCCAGUAAUGCGAACCCCGAUGCAAGAGCAGAAGAAACUGCAAAGGUGCAAACUUUGUCUAAGAAUUUGGAAGAAGGUGAAGCUCUCACACUGAAGCUUGGAGGACCAGUUUACUCAGGGGCGGAGGAUCAGGCAGUGAGGCCGAAUAAAAGGGUUAGGUCAGGAUCUCCGGGCAACGGCGGCAACUACCCGAUGUGCCAAGUUGAUGAUUGCCGAGCUGAUCUAUCGCAUGCUAAGGAUUAUCAUAGAAGGCAUAAAGUCUGUGAAAUUCAUAGUAAGGCUACAAAUGCACUUGUAGGGAACCAGAUGCAGAGGUUCUGCCAGCAGUGUAGCCGAUUUCACCCUCUCACGGAAUUUGAUGAGGGGAAGAGGAGCUGCCGGCGUAGGUUAGCUGGGCACAACCGGAGGAGGAGGAAGACUCAGCCAGAGGAUGUUUCGUCAAAGCUUUUAGCUCCCGGAAAUAGAGAGAAUGUUACUAAUGGGAGUAUGGACAUUGUCAAUUUGUUAGCCAUUUUGGCUAAACUGCAAGGUAACAAUGCUGGUAAACCAGCCAAUGCUCCUCUUCCUGAUAGGGAACGGCUCAUCCAAAUUCUUAGUAAAAUAAACUCAUUAUCUAAGAACACAUCUCCGAAAUCCACUGGUUUUGAUCUGAAUAUUUCACAACCUAUCCAAGAAGAGUCUCGAGACCUAUCAUGUACAGAAAAUGGGAACCUGACUGCUCUGUCAACCAUAGACUUGCUCGCAGUUCUCUCUGCAGCGCUUGCAGUAUCAUCGCCUGAUGUACUAGUUUCUUUAUCCCAAGGGAGCAAUUAUAGUGGCGGUGGUGAUAAAACCAAAAUGCCAUCUGUGGAGACUGCGGCUGAUGCUAAUUCACAUAGUAGGCCGGCUCAAACAUUUACUUCAAGUGGGAACAGACUACCACCAUUAGACUCUUCAAAUCGCUCACGUCAAGAAGCCAGACAAACUUUGCCGUUGCAGCUCUUUGGCUCGGCUGAGGAUGAUAGUCCUCCAAAAUUGGCAUCUUCAGUGAAAUAUUUCUCCUCUGUUAGUAGUAACCCCAUGGAAGAUAGAUCUCCUUCGUGCUCUCCCCCUGUGGCCCAGAAAGUCUUUCCUCUACAUUCUGCAACAGAGAGGAAACAUGAGAGGAUGUCAGUUUGCUUGGAAGAUGAUGGUGCUGUGGAAAGAAGUAUGAGUCGUGAGUGGACAACUCCAUUAGAGCUUUUUAAAGAGUCAGAAAGAAGAGUUGAGAAUGGGGUAGUUCAUAGUUUGCCAUAUCAAGGGGGUUACGCUUCCUCCUCAGUAUCGGACCACUCACCUUCUAGUACAAAUUCUGAUGCUCAGGAUCGGACUGGUCGAAUUAUUUUCAAGCUUUUUGACAAAGACCCCAGCAAAAUUCCUGCAGCUCUCCGGAGUCAGAUAGUCAAUUGGCUGGCUCACAGUCCAUCGGAAAUGGAGAGCUACAUUCGACCUGGGUGUGUCGUGUUAUCCAUUUAUGCAGCAAUGCCAUCAAUUGUAUGGGAUGAACUUGAAGAAGAUCUUCUUCAGCGGGUCACUUCACUUGUUCACAAUUCUGAUUCAGCAUUUUGGAAGAAUGGGAGGUUUUUGGUUCGUACAAGUAGACAGCUAGCGUCUCAUAAGGAUGGGAAAAUCCGUCUUAGUAAAUCAUGGAGGACGUGGAGUGCUCCUGAGCUGAUUUCUGUGUCGCCUGUUGCUGUUGUGAGUGGGCAGGAUACUUCCCUUGUUCUAAAAGGUCGCAAUUUGACCAUUCCUGGAACCAAAAUCCAUUGCACAUAUAUGGGGGGAUACACUUCAAAAGAGGUUCUCGGUUCGGCAUAUCCUGGCACUAUUUACGAUGAUUCGAGCUCAGAAAAUUUCGUUCUUCCUGGAGGACUUCCCAAUACCUUUGGUCGCUGUUUUAUUGAGGUGGAAAAUGGUUUCAAAGGAAAUAGUUUUCCUGUUAUUAUUGCUAACUCUACUAUUUGUCAAGAGUUGGGAGCCCUUGAAUCUGAGUUUGAAGAAGAAGUGGGAACCAGUGAUAAUGGGUGCCCGAGUUCAAGGGAGGAUCUUCUUCACUUCCUUAACGAACUUGGUUGGCUUUUCCAAAGAAAGGGCAGUCUCGUUCCUCAUUUCGUAGAUUUCUCCUCAAGCCGAUUCAAGUUUCUCUUUACAUUCUCAGUUGAGAGAGAUUGGUCUGCUGUUGUCAAAACUCUUCUAGACAUACUAGUUGAAAGAAGCUUGAAGAGUGAUGCCUUAGCACAGGAAUCACUGGAAAUGCUUCUUGAGAUCCAGUUAUUGAACCGAGCUGUGAAGAGAAAGUGUAGCAAAAUGGUUGACUUGCUUAUCACUUACUGUGUCAUAAGGGGCAAUUCAAAGGUGUAUCUUUUCCCUCCGAAUUUGUUUGGCCCUGGUGGAGUGACCCCCUUGCAUCUAGCUGCAUCUAUACAGGACUCCGAAGACAUAAUUGAUGCUUUAACCAAUGACCCACAAGAGAUUGGUAUCAACUGUUGGAACUCAAUACUGGAUGAGAGUGGACAGUCUCCAUACAUGUAUGCAUCACAAAGGAACAACCAUUCUUAUAACAGACUUGUGGCAAGAAAGCUUGCAGAUAAAAAGAACAGGCAAGUAUCCAUUAAUGUCGGAGAUGAAAUAUCAAUGGACAAGUCAAAUGGUAUCAGAGAACUUGAAGUAAGCUCCUGUGCUAAGUGUGCAUUCAUGGAGAAGACGCGAGGUAAACGAAUUGCACGUGGACGUGGGCUUCUAGAACGCCCGUACGUGCACUCAAUGCUCGCCAUCGCUGCAGUUUGCGUCUGUGUCUGCCUCUUCUUCAGAGGCUCGCCACAGAUUGGCACCAUUGCUCCCUUCAAGUGGGAGAAUUUGGACUUUGGCCCAAAAUGACCAAGUGGUGGUUUUUCAUAUAUAUCGUAUGUUUAUCACAUUAUCGUGGACAAACCUAAUGUUAUCGGUGAGUGCAAGCUCGUUGGCUCGCUGCUGGAUCAGAGCUCGAUAGACCCGAAAUGGGAUUGAGAAUGACCAAGAGAGCAGGAGAAUGAGGUAUGGUGUUUCCCUCUCAUAGGGUAAUUUAUUUUGGUGCUGCUUUAUCUUCUUUCUGAUUUUCUAAGCUCAUACCCUGUGUUUAUGUUGUUUGUGAUGUUUUUUAUAUGUAUCAACAAGAGAGUGAUGUGAAAUACAUUACAUAGUGAUGAUUCAAGCUUUUUUUCAUUCUUUUUUUUUUCUUUUUUGAUAUGUGCCUUCACUAUUAGUUUAGAUUCGGUGACUUUCUGACUUAUUCUUUCAUUCAUUUGUGAGCUGUGCUCUCCAUGUUCACGUUCAUGUCAUUGUAUUUGUAUUACUGUUGCUCUUUGAGUAACAAGCUUUUUAAAAUUUGUUUAUGCUUUA